AUGGGAUUCUCCAGUGAAUGGCUGGAACAGUCCUACCUGAACUGGAGGCAUACGGCUAGUGCCAGACUUAUCCGAAUAGUACUCUUCGUAACAUCUGGUUCUGCAUUCCUUCGAACACUUGGCCACAUCCCUGGAUUCUAUGCUCUUUGGACAGCUGCAAUACUUCUUCUCUCUACAGUAACCAUCAUAUUCAAUGUGCUCCGUCCACUUCGUAUCACCGCUUUCCAAAUUCUUGCUGGUAUUGUUCUACUGCUAGACGUCAUCUUCUCCCUUCCCGGUUACGAAUCUUUAUUCCCUGCUGUUCUGGCAGUAUUCUCAUUGUACGCCUUCUUUUCUCUUCCUUUCUACGUUAUUCUGGCAACUUCAACAUUGAUUUCAAUCGUUCAAACAUGCUCAUUUCUGCUGUUCGUUGAGCCACUGCACACAAAUGAGUUGCUUGCUAUAAUCGUCGUCCAUAUCUGGACAAACUUCACUGGAAUCUAUCUCUGCUCCUCCGCUGAUCGUCUUGCUCGGAACGCCUUCUUGUCAGCGAGAAACUCAUCGGAAGCCGAAACAACAGCCGAGUUCCAAAGCAAUCGUCUGAAUAAACUUCUCUCAUCCUUCCUUCCGUUUCACCUUAUCAAUCAAGCGAGACACCAGAUAACACUCUACAAACCACAUCUGUACAAUGAGACAUAUUCACAGGUAAGCCAUAAACUUGCAUAUGGAAGACUCGUUGGUUUCGAAACAGUUCUCGCCCAAUGCUCUUCAAUUGACGCCGCCCGUGUUCUAAAAGAAUUAGACAACAGAAUCGAGAGAUUAGCCGCUGCCAAUGGAUGUACUCGUGUUGCUUCUGAAGGCAUCACUGCAGUCUGCUCGAUACCUGGAAUCGACUCUCAACAUGCUGCAAAACUAUGCAGAUUUGCCAUGGAACUUGAGACACUGAUUAAUUCAUUUCGAGAUGCAACUACUGCUGAUGUAUCGGUUUGUAUUGGAAUUGACAGUGGACCCAUAACUGCUGGAGUUAUUGGUGUCUCGAAGUGGCAUUAUGACGUCAUUGGAUCAGUUUUUGAUAAUGCCCUUCUGAUGCAAAGCAACGCCACAGAACCAGGAGUCUACGUGUCGAAUGAAACUCGUCGAUUUUUGGGAACCAGCAACGAAUUCGAGCUGGAAAAGUGCCCUAUUGGAUGGAGACUUUAUGGACAUCUACCAUCUCCUGAAUUGUUCCCAAUCAAUAAACGAUUCUCAUUGGUGACUGUACCACAAGCCGUCAACCGAGUGCUCCAAAGCAUCGUCGCCAUGAAUCCAACUCUAAAAACAAUGGGAACAAACAAGAAGAGAAAAGGGGAGAAGAGUCAAGAAAAGUUUGAUAUGAAAAAAGAAAAAGUGGAACACUCAACAAUCAUUUCAUCAAUUUCUCAGCGAUUCCGAAAUCCUGGAUUGGAAGCUGAAUAUCACAAAGAAACAGAUCACUGGUUCAUUCCAUCACUUGCAAUCUCAAUAUUCUUUUUGGUAGUUUAUGGCAUUUAUCAUAUGUUGGUUAUGCCUCGACUUAUCACCAGUUUAGCACUGAUUGUUGGUGCUUUGACCAUUAUGUUUUUCAUUCUUCUCAUGCUUUACAUUGAUUAUUUUCAUACGUUCUCUCAAUUUAUCACUAGAACAUCAGCUGGUCAUGCAGUUAGCAUUGUUUUGAUCAUUGUGAUUUUGUUUGUUUGUGGAAUUGUUAAUACAUUUUCAUGUCCACAACCAAAUGCUCCGGAUGUUUGUCAAAAAGCGCACUUUUCGACUUAUUCAUUUGCAAUGUGGACUAUCACAACAGCAGUUUUUGUCCGAUUUCCAUCUGUAUUUCUGGCGACUCUUCUUCUGAUUUCAUUGCUCACUUAUGGACUGCAAAUCUAUGUGACUCGACCAGCAGAGUUCGGACCACGAGAAUUCAUGACUGAAUUAGAUCUCACAUGCUUUUUGGUAUCACUGGCGUCCCUUGUUUUCGUGUAUUCGAGAAGAUGUGAGAAACUUCUCCGGUUGGAUUUUCUGGCAGUUGUGAAAGGAAUUGAAGAAACUUCAAUGAAGGAUAAAUUGAUCAACUUGAACAAUCAAAUGCUUUUGAAUCUAGUACCAGCUCAUGUAGCUUCGGGAGUCAUUCAAAAAGCAGGAGACGUUUGGCACCAUUCCCAUCAAUCAGUUGGAAUUGCUUACAUUGCAGUCAGUGGAUUUGAUCUUGAAGGAGACGCAGGAAUCAAUGGAUUGAAUUACGUUUUCUCUCAUUUCGAUCAAGCGAUUUCCAAUUACAAGGGAGUUGAAAAAGUGAAGAGUGCCAAUCGUUUUUAUAUAGUUGCUGUUGGCCUCUUACCGGAUGCUGCUCAAAAUGUGAAUGAGACUCCCUGGACCAUCGGAGAACUUUUGAGCACUCUUGCUCAUUUUAUCAUUAGUGUUUCACAGUUUGCAGUGGAGAACGAAUUCCAUGUUCAGAUUGGUGUCGACUGCGGAAGUACUCUUGCCGUUGUGACUAACACUGAUCAACCACGUUAUGAAAUCUUUGGAGAGACCUUGGAUCGUUCAAGAACACUGAUGCAAGCAGCUGGACAUGACACAACUUUAGUUUCUGAAGAAGUCUUUUUGGCUCUUCGUCCACGUCCACUGAGAUUCAGUUCGCAACCAGUUAAAGUUGCUCUGAAUCUGAAUGCCUAUGAAUUGAUAACUGGAAUUCGUGAAGUGUCUGUUGAAGUUCCAACAAUGCCACGAGAAGAGCAAGAGAGGCAUACAAAAGGAAUGGUGGAAGCACAAUUUGCAUGCCAUUCCAGAAUGUAUGAUACACAGACGUCGGAGAUGGCAUCUUCUAUGGCAUCUUCGUUCUCUUCAGAACUCCGAUCUAUUGACGGAGAUGCUGAAACGGAUUCUGAUCUGGAAUGGAUUACUCCAGAAACAGCACUGAUGAAAGAAGCACAAAGAAAUCAUCGAUUCGUAAUGAAGAACUCCGACUAUGAUCCAUAUCGUGAACCUAUCCAUCAGAAUAUUAGAGCUAUGUCUGCAGAACAAGAUUAUCGAAACAGAAGGAUUCAAUCAGGAUCUGAUAUGUCGGAUGCUGAAUAUGGAUCAACUACAAGCAGAGAAAAUAGAAGGAAUAAUUGUCGUCGUGGAUGGCGUCCGUCUUCUAAAAACUCACUUCGUAAUGGAUUUGGUUUGUUCCGGAAAGGACAUUCAGACAAUGAACAGUCAACUGAAGAAAUUAAUCAAAUUGAAGCAGCUGCGAAUCGUGUUGACAGAAUGAUCCAGGAAUUGAACGCUUUCGGAGAUUUUGCAGAGGUAAAACCUCUUGAAUAUCAGCCAUUCCCUUCCAACUUUGGAUCAGUCAAAUCAGUGCACCGUGCAAUGUCUUCGGCGUGCCAUACAGAAUACGAUAACGCAGAAUCAGAUGCAGCAAUAUCUGAUGUGGAAUCUAAUGCCAAUUCGGUUUCACAUUCAAGAAAUUCAAAAUCGAGGCAAAAACAAAGAAGAAGGAAGGAGGCACGAAGAUGGCAUCGAGAUGCCGCUGAUGGAGAUACGGAGUCUCAAUGCAGUAGUAUGACUGGAAGUAUUGACCUAGAUCCUAUAAGAUGGAAGUCGACACACUCGAUUGGUUAUGAGAAUGAAUAUGAAAUGCAAAGUGACGUAGAAGGACUAGCUCUCGAAGAAAUGGCUGCUCUUUCAAGAGACAUUCGAAACAAUUUCGGAGAUUUCCAACUUGCCUCAUUUGAUGAUAUUGAUCAGGACUAG